AUGUCGAACCACGUAAAUCUAGAUGCCAUUGUUUCUUUAUCUUCUCUACAUUUAUUUACUGCUCAACGUCAUGGCGCUGACUUUCUUGAAAUCGAUCAUCCAAGCGGCCCUUUCGGUACUAAGAUCUGUGAACCACUUGCUGUCAUCAAGUCUGUCUUUGACAAAAGAAUAGUCAGAUGCCCUGGUGGUGAGCGAGGAGAUGAGCAUGAUGUUGUGUGGUUUUGGUUGGAGAAAGGCAAGCCACAUGAAUGCCCCAUCUGUUCGCAACAUUUCAUGCAGGAAGUGGUUGGCCCUGGAGGUCAUACCGAUGGCCAUGGAUAUGAUGAUCACCAGUGAUCCACCUUGGAAGAAUUUGUCUUGGAUUUAUUGUUUGGUUUGUUGUACGCCUCGCCUGCUGGCAUGAGUUUGUUGUCUUUUCUUUCUCCAACGUGCGUGUUAAAUAGAAUGCUCCAAACUAGGAAGUCUUGUCUUUUCUUUCCCAAGAAUUGAAGGUUUUUCCAAUGCUAUGGACCCUUGGAAGCAUCGACGCCCCG